GCGAGUCCGACAGCAGCGACGGCAACGAGAACACGGACCCCGCGCCCGUCUGAGGAGGAGUUGAAAGCGGUGGACCGAGAGAUUCCUAUCCGACUGACGCUGGGCGCUGCAACGCUGUCGCUUGGUGCUUCGGGACAAUGGGAGCUGGAUCACACCAUGUUGCAGCAAACUAAAGAGCGAGUCCAAAUACUGGAAGAGCGCACCGCCGCACUAGAAGCCGAGAACGCGCAGCUUCGGGAUAAAUGCACGCGAAUGACAGAGGAGUCCAACAUGGAGAAGUUCAAGUGCCAAUUGCUGGUCGAGAUGCUGGCGGUGUCGAGUCUGGACGAGGAGCGGGAGAAAGCCCGUGCAGCCAGCAUAAAGACAGACGUGGUGGCGCUGCUAGAACAAGCGCGUGCCGAAGGAUUGGACGUUCGAAAGCUCAGCGCCGCGCUGACCGCUGGCCCUCUAGCGCCGUAGCGUGUGUCGUGUCGUGGUCUAAACGAGAUACAUCUGAAACGUUUCGUGCCUGAUUCAAUUGCGGAUUUUGUGUAGCCAUCGACCGAGCUAUCAGAUCGUGGCACACCAAGUGAACCUAAGAGUUCAGACGAGGCCCAAUAACGUCUGAGGCAUACAAAAAUUCAUACAAUCGUACCAUAUGACCGCACCUUGGUAAGAGGCAGGCGGAGGCAUUUCCCAAGUCGCGGCAUUCCCGCCUCAAUACAGCGCCGUCGUCAAUAAGCUAAUAAUCCAUUGACAAUGGGCGGGUGUUCAUCCAAGGACCCCAAGGACUACGUCGCGCACGACAACCAGCCCGGACCUGUGCCCAAUGGCCGCAGCAGCACCCAGCGUGGGGACGGUGGCAGCUCGAGGCGCGGCGGACGAUCAGCAGCCGAGCCAGCGCCAGAGCGGUCGAACCGGCGGCCCAACAACAACACGGUGGACUUCCAGGAGUUCAAGGACAAGGAGAAGAAUGUGGUGGAGACUAUGCUCGAGAGCAACAAAGGUCUGCGCAUGGCCGAGAUUAAUUUCAACGACCUUAAGCUGCAGAAGAUCAUCGGUGCCGGCGCCUUCGGGGAGGUCAUUAAGGGCACGUACUGCGGUACACCCGUCGUGGUCAAGCGUAUGCUGCGUAACAAGAUUACAGAAGACAAUCUGCGCAUGUUUGGUGACGAGAUCCAGCUCAUGAUGAAUUUACGCCACCCCAACAUCGUGCAAUUCAUCGGCGCCAGUUGGAACUCGUACUCUAACAUUUGCUUUGUGACGGAGUUCCUGGAACGAGGAGACCUGUUCGCAGUGCUACGGAACCCGGAGAACAAGAUGACCUGGGCUAAGCCUAUUCUGCGCAUGACCAUCGACACCUCGCGCGGCAUGGCGUAUCUGCACAGUAUGAAACCUCCGAUCAUCCAUCGCGACCUCAAGAGCAUGAACAUUCUCGUUAGCUCGACGUGGGGCGCCAAGGUGAGCGACUUCGGUCUAAGCCGUGAAAAGUCUGUGGACGAGACGAUGAGCGUGACCGGCACGCCGCUAUGGCUGCCACCCGAGAUGAUCCGCGGAGAGCGGUACACGGAGAAGGCGGACGUGUACAGCUUCGGCAUUGUGCUGGCUGAGUUGGAUACUCGCAAGAUUCCGUACCACGACAUAAAAGCCAAGGGAGCCCGUAACAAGAAGGUGUCGGGCAGCACGCUGAUGCACAUGGUGGCGUACGAGAACUUACGUCCAUCGCUGAGCAAGACCUGCAUGGACAGCGUACGCGACCUGUACAAACGCUGCACGGCCGACGACCAGUCGGUGCGUCCUACUUUCGAGGAGAUCGUGCAGUACCUGGAGAACGAUGUGCGCAAGGAGACGCUCGUACGCGCGAACGAAGAGAUGAACUUAAUCGAGGAAGACCAGAACGGAUCGGACGUUUCCCCCGAGGAGCUCGGUGUCCACCAUGCCACACGCUACGUGGAUUAA